AUGUCGGUCAUGACCAGGGAGCCUCCUGCACCCACACGGACCUCGAGCGGCUUCAGCCUCCUUUCGAAGAUCAAAUCCCACAAGGAAUCCAAAUACCUCAGCCCGUCCAACAAGCCGGCGGUCCACCGCACGGGGAGUUAUGGCAGCAACUACGACCAGGCGACUCGCUCGUCGCCUUUCUCGCUCCCCGCCCAGGAGGGCGCCGGGGCCAAAGCUCGCCGCCUGAGCGCGGAUCCCCGAGAAGAUUUCGUGGUCGACGUCUGUCCCUUGGAAGACGAAUUCGUGUCGGCUUCCAAGAUCGGUCGGCGGAAAGAGAUCGGGAAGGGCGCCAGUGCCACGGUCAAGAUCAUGCUGCGCAAGGGGGAGAAGAAGGGGGAGGGCACGGUGCUGUAUGCGGUCAAGGAGUUUCGCAAGAAGUCGGCACGGGAAACCGAGGAAGAGUACGUGCGGAAAGUCAAGUCGGAAUAUACGAUCGCCAAAUCUCUCAGCCAUCCCAACAUUGUGCAGACGGUUCGGCUGUGCACGAAUAAUGGGCGCUGGAAUCACGUCAUGGAGUAUUGCCCGCAGGGCGAGCUCUUCAGCCUGGUGGAACGCAAGUACUUCAAGGCCGAGGACCGGAACUGCAUCUUCAAGCAAGUGCUGCGCGGGGUCAACUAUCUGCAUGAACAUGGCAUUGCUCACCGGGACAUCAAACUGGAAAAUUUGCUGAUGACGGACGACGGGUACAUCAAGAUCACGGAUUUUGGGGUCUCGGAAGUGUUUUGUGGCGACCAUCCCGGCAUCGCCGCGUCGCGAGGACUCUGUGGACAGGGCAUGAGAGAGGUUCGCAAGUCGGCUCCGGGGAUCUGUGGAUCGAAGCCCUACAUAUCGCCCGAGGUGCUGGCCCAAGACGGCGAGUACGACCCCACCAAGUUGGACGUCUGGGGGUGCGCGAUCCUCUUCCUGACCAUGUUUCACAUCGGCAACCCAUGGCCGAGCGCGAGCACGAGAGAGAUGAACUAUGCCCUCUUCCUGGAAGGCUGGCAAUCUUUCCUGGCGCAAUUCACGGAUGCGGCGAUCGACGAGAACUGCCAUCCGCAAUGCGGACCCAUCUUCCAUGCGCUGCCGUCGAAUUCCAUCCGGCGGUGUCUUCUCAAGAUGCUGCACCCAGAUCCCGGCCGGCGAUGUAGUAUCGGCGACGCGCUCAACGAUCGAUGGAUCAAGGGCGUCGACUGCUGUUCCCGUGAGGAGAUGGGACCGACCUUUGAUGCGAUUGAUGUGUCCAAGACCGGGUGUCACAAGGUGGCGGCCCGGAUGAAGGUGCAAGCCAAACAUGACCAUCUGCCGCCGCCGGUCAAGCGGCUGCCACGACAUCGCUUUGACAUGGGGGACGGCACGUCUCGCUAUGACUGA